CAAGCAAUCGGAAUAAAAGUGAUUUUUAAAUUGUAACAAAUUAAAUUAUCAACGAAAUGUUUUCAACAAAAGUGGUGGUCAAAACAUGGAAUUUGACACCAUUAAAACUGUAUUAUCGAGCAUUUUCAUUUGCGCACUCAUAUUCUCAGAACGAAAAGGAUGUUCAAAGUGAUUGGAAAAGUGCAAAACCAUAUCAGACAAUACCUGGACCGAGUGUAUUGCAAAUGAUUGCACGUUUUUUGCCUGGCGGAAAAUAUCAUAAAAUCGAAUUGCUUGGAUUGCAUGAAAAAUUAAAAGAAGAAUAUGGCCGCAUUUCAAAGUUACCGGGCAUGUUUGGUAAUCAAGAACUAGUUAUGGUUACAGAAUCCAGUGAUUUUGAAUUGGUUUUUCGCACUGAAGGCAUUUGGCCAAAUCGUCGUGGUUUCAGUACAUUCGAUCAUUAUCGAAAGAAAAUGCGUCCCGAUAUUUUUAAGGAUAUGGGUGGCUUGGUGAGUGAACAAAAUGAACGUUGGGCCAAAAUGCGUUCGAUUGUGUCUCCGAUCAUGUUGAAACCGGCCACAGUAAAUGCAUACAUCCCUGACGUUGAUGAAAUUGCUAUUGAAUUUUGUGAUCGCAUUAAAGCGUUAAGAGACGAUAAAAAUGAGCUGCCCGCCAAUUUCAUGUAUGAAUUGAAUAAAUGGUCACUUGAAUCGAUUGCAUCAAUUGCAUUAGAUCAACGGAUGCAUAUUCUGGAUAGCCGAAAUGAUGAUCAAAAUAGUAAAGCAGGUCAACUGAUCCGAGCUGUUUAUGAAUUUUUCACAUUGUCAUUCGAACUUGAAAUGGUUCCAUCGCUUUGGAGAUACGUUAAAACACCGAAAUAUAAAAAACUUAUGAAUGUUUAUGAUAACAUGACAAAUUGUACACUGUAUUAUAUUGAUGGGGCGUUGAAAAAAUUGGAUAAAAAUUCGAAUGCGUUGAAUCAACAUCGUGAGCCAAGUGUUCUUGAGAAAUUAUUGAAAAUUAACAAAGAUGCGGCAAUUGUUAUGGCCAUUGAUAUGCUUCUUGCUGGCGUUGAUACUACGACAGCAGCGACAGCCCAUAUUUUAUACUACUUAUCGAAGAAUCCAGAGAAACAGGAAAAAUUACGCGAUGAACUUCAGCAUUUACCAACUGAUGUGAACGGUAGAUUGAUGCAUAAAGGAAACACUGAGACUGCUACCGAUUACACCCGGAAAUGCUAUCGAAUUCCAAAAGGGACCGAUAUCCUAAUGGCAAACAUGAUAUUACAUUAUGAUGAGAGGGAGUUUAAGAAUCCGACUGAAUUUAUGCCAGAACGAUGGCUCAAAAAACAUAUACCGAACGCUUGCCCAGAGGCAAAAGCAUCAAAUCCAUUUAUUUAUUUGCCAUUUGGAUUUGGACCACGAUCAUGCAUCGGACGACGAUUUGCUGAAAUGGAAAUGAAUGUGUUGCUCACACGAUUAUUGACGAAAUAUCGCAUUGAAUUCCAUUAUGGUCCCCUGAAACAUAGGCAAAGCUUUGUUCUUACACCGGUUAAUGAUUUGAAAUUUAAACUCAACGAAAUUAAACAGUGA